AUGAAGACACUUAACUGUUACGUGCUGUUAUUUUGCUGGAAAGCAAUCUGUUGCUACAGCUGUGAGCUCACCAAUAUUACUAUAGCAGUGGAAAGAGAAGAAUGUGAACUCUGCAUUACGGUGAAUGCCACGUGGUGCUCAGGAUACUGCUUCACCAGGGAUCCAGUAUACAAAUAUCCACCAGUCUCAUCUGUUCAGCAAAUAUGUACCUUCAAGGAGGUUGUGUAUGAAACAGUGAAGAUCCCUGGCUGCGGUGACCAUCCUGAAUCUUUUUACUCAUACCCAGUAGCUACAGCGUGCCACUGUGAGACCUGUGACACUGACAGCACUGACUGCACUGUGAGGGGACUGGGGCCAUCCUACUGCUCCUUUAGUCACAAUGGAAGCAAUCAAUGAAGGGUACUCAAUAUGGCAGCUUGGCUUUACAUUUUCACUUCUAAGUAGUUAAUGGUAUUGCACAGGCUGAAACUAAGUUAACAGACAAGGCUACUGAGAAACUGCCAAGCUUGAACCAAAAAUUUUUGAGGCCAAAAUGCAGAGCUACUGAUUAAACACCUCUUCAGCCCUUCUCUACUUUUCCCAUUGUUUCCCUUGAAGUCAUUUCCACGGACGUAUAGAAUGCAGAUUCUGCCUUGCCCCCUCUUCUUUAUUCCAACUUCAUCCUUUACGUUUCUUUAUUUCCACAUCUUAGUUCACUUAGCUUAUUCCAUACUAUCCUAUGCUUUUAAAAACUUAAUUAUGCCCUUAUUUCCAUUUCUCCUCAGAACUCACUUGUCUUAAAAAGCCUUGCAGCACCAAUUUUAAUUACAAGCAACAUCCAUGUCCUUACUAUCUAAAUUCUAGACUGUAAACCUCUCUUAGCUGAGAUUCUCCUUUCAGCAAAAUAUUUCAUGCAGUUAUUACGCUCUGUAAACAGUAACAGCAUGUUUAUUUAAGAGCCAAAAAACCUAUGUUCAAAUGUUGAAGGUGACCAAACUCUUCUGCUUUCUCAUUAAGGCUUGUUAUUGUGGCAUUGAGCCCAAGCUACCAAAUGACAUGAAGUCUAUCCAAUUCAUGCCUGGCUAACUCACUGCUUCAAAUGCUGAGCUGUCCACCUCAAAAAAUUGUGAAAUAUUGCCACAAACCUGAAAUUUGUGGAUUUUCUCUCAUUAUGCAACAAAACAUAAGAAUAAGAAUUAUUUUAUUAGGGGAGACUCACAAAUGAUAUAGGGAUAAAUCUAGAGAAACCUGACCGUGGCAGGGCAAAUCUGGAGUCAGAAUGUACAUUGCAAGUAGUCUGCAGUUGUGCCUCCGAGAACAGAAGUUUAUUCAGCUCUGCAGCAACCUAAUUGUGCAGUGACCAAAAUGAAUGGGAAAGAAUGGGACUGAAUCAGAAUGGAAAAUUAUCUCUAGUCUGAAAACUACAGAAUUAAAUCUAUUGAAACAGUCACCUACACAAAUACACAACGAAGAGCAACUGGUUCAGCAGCAGUUCUGCACAGAAGAUUUGGAAGUUAUACAAGCAGGGAAUCAGUUAACAAUACCAUACUACUAUGGAAAAGCUGAUACGUACAGGGUAGAGCCAACAAGAUACAACCUACUUCCACUAUUCCGUUCAACCUUCUGAGCGUCUCAACCAAGAUGGUAUUUCCAGUUCUGGACACUGAACUUCAAGGCACUGAGUAACUGGAGAAAGUCCACAGAAUAGAAAUAACAACAGAGGCCUAAAUAACAUGUCUUAGCAGAAAAAAGGUUGUUGGUUUUUGUUUUUUUCAGGUGUACCUGUUUUUCUUCGAGGUAGAAAGAUCUGGGGGACAAAAAGUAGAACCGUUUACAUGUUUGAAGACUAUUACAAAAAGAAAAACAACAGUCAGUUUGCCAUGCUUAUCAUGAGCAGAACAAUGAACGUCAUUAGCAGAUCUCCCAAAAGGGAAAGACAGCCACUUUUUAUUUAUUUGGAAAUAAAUAGUCAAGGAGGUGGGGGAAAGAAAGAAGAUAGAGGGGUAUCUGAGCAGUAGUGACAGAAAGAACAAGAGCUUUAGUACUGUGUUGAGCUAUUGGGAAUGACAGCAGGAAUGGUAACCUGCCACGAUGUAGGGAAUGUGGAAGUUCACUUCUUGAGGUACUUUCCAAUACUAUUUUUGUAUUACUUGACCAGCUGUCAUGUCUGCUUUUGAGAUCCUUACAGAAAUGUUUAU